AUGCACCAAUUCCAAUCCUUCAACCCCCCUCAGCCGCCCUCGGUCGCAGAAUAUGCCUUCCCGACCGUGCUGCAGUUCCUACAGUCAGAAUGGCGCCGUUUUGAACGCGACAGGAACGAGUGGGACAUUGAAAAGGCUGAGAUGAAGGCACGGAUUGCGUUUCUAGAAGGCGAGAAACGAGGCAUUGACAAUACCAAGAUGGACCUUAUGAAGCGAGUCAAGAUGCUCGAGUACGCCUUGAGACAGGAGAGGAGUAAAUAUCUCGAGGGCAAAGAAGGCAGCGCGGUCAGUGCCCCGUCUCAACAAGCGGCUGGUGUAACUCAACCAAAUGUGAAUGGCAUAUCUGGCCUUAUGAACAACAAGGCACAGAAUAGAAUCUCGACCUACAGCAACUCCGGACAGAGCAUGGGCCAGGUUAGCCCGACCUCUGCCACCCCCGCUGGCUUCGAUCCCAUUGGAAGAGCAAAGAGCAGAGAGUUUCUGAGAAUCUGUCUUCAAGAAAUCAGUUACCUGACAGCGUCUGUGCCACAGUCUAUUGCCAUGAGCAUGCCUCCAGCACCGACACGCCUCGCUCGCAAUGAAUUCGAUAAACGCGUCGCCGCUGCAGGUUUAAGGAACAGGAAGAGCGAUUUCUUUCCCGCAAAUGCACCAUCAGCCGUACCUCCAGCCUUGAACAGGGCCAACUCCGUUCCUGUGUCAACACUGCAGUCAUUAUCGGGGAUGAAACCCGCGGCGAAUAGUUCGUCCCUGGAUCCAGCUAUGGAAGGCGUUGCCGGAGGUUUGGUCGAGGACAGGGCCGAAGAUGCCACCUUGAGGCAGUUCGCAACAGCCUCUCAGCACGCCCAGACAGGAGACAAGCAACGUGCCAUCAUCGCUGAAGGACUUGCCUCAACCAAGCCAGCUCCGAAACCUGCACCCUUGAUUACUACGAACAACUUCAAGAACUCUACUGAAAAGAUGGACCACGAUACAAGCAGCUCGGAGGAAUCCGAGUUGGUCGACAACGAUGAUGAUCCAGUGACAGUCGUACACGCACCUAUGUCUGGGGAGCAAUGGCAUGCCCAGCUGCAGAAGGCGGGUCAGCAGCUUGCUCAACAGCCCAAAUCAAAGAAAGCCAACAACAAGCUCGAAGACGAGGCACAAUUAACUAAGGAUGUCCAGGACAAGUUCAACAUUUCGUCGGAAAGACUCAGCAAAAUGGUCAAGGAUUGGGAUAAGUCUAAGCAAGACGGAUGCAUCGGACAGAAAUCCAUUCGGAAGAAGAAAGGAAAGGACUCUGUCAUGUUAGAUGAGCUCGCCAACCUGAGUAUUUCGGAAGCUGAUAUGGCAGAAACUACAAGCAAAGAAAGCGAUUCACUGCCUAAUGAACCUCCACGUUGGCGCCCCAAGGUCACCUUGAGAAGGCACAUGGACACUGUUCGCUCGAUCGCCUUCCACCCGAUCAACAAGUCCUUACUCUCAGGAUCUGAAGAUGGUACUAUGAAGUACUGGAACUUGGAGGCCCCGCUUAAAGAGUGUAAGAGACCGUUGAACGGUGAAAUCGAUCCCAUUCACACGUAUCGCGGACAUACGAAGGCCAUUACUGCGGUUGCCAUCUUGGCCGAUCAAAACAAGUGCUUCUCUGCCAGCAUGGACUCCACAGUUCGGGCAUAUAAGCUGGCACCCUUGAAUAAGGAGACAUAUGCGCGCCUGGGUCAUACGGACGCAGUGUGGGAUAUCCGGCUGUUCCCUCUGUCAAUAUCCUCCUCCCAGCUGCUGGGCUCCAUCUCUGCCGAUGGUACACUCAAGAUCUGGGAUACCGAAACCAAAGGCUCGCCUCUGAAGUCGUCAUGGGGAUAUCAUGGCCUUGGUACCACUAAGACCGCGAGCGCGAAUUCGUUAGCCACGCUUCCAGUGCCGACUGGAUUGGACUUCUGCCCAACAGAUCUGAAAAAGAUGGUGGUCAGCUACAGCAACUCGAUCAUCAAGCUAUUCGAUAUCGAGACUGGAAAGGAGAUCCUGACGUUCAAGAGCGACGAGUCCUAUGAUGGUACAACGGCAACACAGAUCAACAAGAUCGUUUGCCAUCCCACGUUGCCGUUGGUGGUAUCCGGACACGAGGAUCGAUACAUCCGCUUCUUUGAUGCCAACAGUGGAGCGUGUUCGUUCUCAAUGUUAUCGCAUCUUGAUGCGGUUUCGUCCCUGGAUAUCGAUCCCGCUGGCCUGGUUCUCUGUUCUGGUGGUCACGAUGCUUCUGUGCGUCUCUGGGACAUUGCAUCUUCUACACGCCCAUGUCUGCAAGAGUUCACUGGCCAUCGACGCAAGGGCGACGAGGGUGUGUGCGCAGUUCAGUACCAUCCAACAUUGCCAGGCCUCCUAGCGACUGGAGGUGCAGAUUCGCUUGUUAAAAUCUUUACUCGCAGCUAA